AUGCCGGAUGCUAACACGGCUCAGGUCAUCUUCACCCAGCUCAUUGACAAGGUGCAUUCGCGUCCAAAUGGCGGGGAUCGCACUCUGAUUCUGGCUCACCGUCGCGAGCUAGUGGAACAGGCCGCCCGGCAUUGUCAGAUGGCAUAUCCGGACAAGACCAUCGACAUUGAAAUGGGGUCGAUACAUGCUUCGGGAGCAGCAGACAUCACCAUUGCCAGUGUACAAAGCAUCACGUCUCGAGACCGCCUGGAAAAGUUCGUACCCUCGGAUUUCAAAUUGGUCUUGGUGGAUGAGGCCCAUCACAUUGUGGCGCCGGGAUACCUCAAGACUCUCAAGCACUUCGGACUAGACCAGAAGCAACGAGACUCGCCCACGCUCGUCGGCGUCUCGGCGACAUUUUCCAGAUUCGAUGGUGUCAAGCUUGGUGCUGCGAUUGACGAAAUCGUCUACCACAAAGACUACGUCGACAUGAUCAGCGACAAAUGGCUGUCAGAUGUCAUAUUUACCACAGUCGAAUCUUCCGCCAACCUGUCCAAAGUCAAAAACGGUGCCUUUGGCGACUUUCAAACAGGCGAGCUCUCCAAGGUUGUCAACACCAAUGAAGUCAACGAGACCACCGUCAAGAGCUGGAUAGCCAAGGCUGGAGGCCGAAAAAGCACACUGGUUUUCUGUGUAGAUCUCGCUCACGUUGCCGGACUUACACGCAAAUUUCGAGAAUACGGUUACGAUGCACGCUUCGUCACUGGCGACACGCCCAAGCAAGAACGAAGCGACAUCCUGCACGAUUUCAAAACGGGUUGUUUUCCCGUCCUGGUGAAUUGCGGUGUCUUCACCGAGGGAACAGACAUACCCAACAUUGACUGCGUCGUUCUCGCCAGACCUACAAGAUCGCGGAAUCUCCUUGUCCAGAUGAUCGGAAGAGGCAUGCGUCUUCACCCGGGCAAGAAGAACUGCCACGUCAUCGACCUAGUUUCCAGCUUGGAGACCGGCAUUGUGACCACGCCCACGCUAUUUGGUCUGGACCCGAAAGAAUUAGUGGACAAGGCAUCAGUAGCAGACUUGAGAAGAAUCAAGGAGGCUCAGAGAGAAGAAGACGAAGAAUCGAGAUACCAGCAAGCAUCCUCGAGUGGGUCAAAUCCAGCAACCAAGUCGGCUGACACGGUGACAUUCACCGACUACUCCUCCGUGCUGGACCUAAUCGCCGAUACAUCUGGCGAGAGGCACAUUCGUGCCAUCAGCCAGUACGCCUGGGUGCAAGUCGGCCCCGAAAGAUUCGUCCUCUCGGCUCCGAGUGGAUCGUACAUCCGCAUCGAGCGAGUCCAGGAACCAGCCGCCAUCUCAUCCCCGACGUACCGGGCGCUGGAGAUUCGCGCCUUGCCCCCAGGGGUAGCCAAGUCCCCUUUUGCCGCGCCCAGAGAGAUCCUCACAGCCGCUACGUUCAACGACGCCGUCCACGGGGCAGAUACAUAUGCGGCCAACGCGUUCCCUCACAGCUUUAUACACCGACACCAACCGUGGCGGCGGCUGCCACCUACGCAAGGACAACUAGACUUUGUAAACAGACUACGUGGAAGGGCGAAAGCGUUGACGGUGUCGGAUCUCACAAAGGGCAAGGCUGCGGACAUGAUUACAAAACUGAAGCACGGUGCCCGCGGGCAGUUUGCAAGGAUAGAAGCCGAGCAGCGCAGGAGAGAGAGGCAGGCGAAUGUUUGGGAAACGAGACAGAACAGGGAGCACGUCACGGUUGGGCCUGUCAUGGCAUGA